CGCAGAGGGGGCGGCGGCGGAGGGGCGGGCAGUCAGUCAGGCGGCGGCGAUGCGGCGGCCCCGCUGAGCCCGCCAGCUCCGGGCGCCGGGGACCGGCCGCGCGCGGCGGCCCGGGCCGGGCGGCAGCAUGCGGAGCGGCGAGGAGCUGGACGGCUUCGAGGGCGAGGCCUCGAGCACCUCCAUGAUCUCGGGCGCCAGUAGCCCGUACCAGCCCACUACCGAGCCGGUGAGCCAGCGCCGGGGGCUGGCCGGCCUGCGCUGUGACCCCGACUACCUGCGCGGCACGCUCGGCUGCCUCAAGGUCGCCCAAGUGAUUUUGGCCCUGAUUGCGUUUAUCUGCAUAGAGACCAUCAUGGAGUGCUCCCCGUGUGAAGGCCUCUACUUUUUUGAGUUUGUGAGCUGCAGUGCGUUUGUGGUGACCGGAGUCUUGCUGAUUCUGUUCAGUCUCAACCUUCACAUGAGGAUCCCUCAGAUCAACUGGAACCUGACAGAUUUGGUCAACACUGGACUCAGCGCUUUCUUUUUCUUUAUUGCUUCAAUUGUACUGGCUGCUUUAAACCACAAAACCGGAGCAGAAAUUGCUGCCGUGAUAUUUGGCUUCUUGGCAACCGCGGUGUACGCGGUGAACACGUUCCUGGCGGUGCAGAAGUGGAGAGUCAGCCUCCGCCAGCAGAGCGCCAAUGACUACAUCCGCGCCCGCACAGAGUCCAGAGAUGUGGACACUCGCCCAGAGAUCCAGCGCCUGGACACGUGAGGACGCGCCAAAGUCCUCCUCCCUCUAUCCUCAUGCCCGUCCUUUCAAUCAAGUUUUUUUUCCCUCAUCACGUCAGAUUUUCAUGUGAUUAAGUUGAAUUUUGUCCUCUUUGGUAAAAGUUCAUUUUGGGAAAGGGUUUUCCAAAUGGCCCUGCUGGGAGGUGUGGGCAGGAGAGGCCCACAUACCCAGCUGUUCAGCCAGAGGUGGGCAGGAGGGGGCCACAGGAUCCUCCAGUUUGGUGGCUGUGGGAGCUGCUGGCAUCACUGGCUGCUGUGUCCACUUUAGGUCUUCACUGUCCCUGAGCACAGGCUUCACAUCUGACUCUGAGCCACCAUGUCAUAUAUAUAUUUGUGACAAGUCAGGACUUUGGAUUAAAGGGGGGCUGCUAGGAGGGAAAAAAAUCAAGGAAUGAAGGUACAGGGUUGGAACAGUGGGUCAGGAGCAAUUCCUGGGCAGCCCCCAUAGUGGGCCCCAGGCCAGCUUUAGUGUUGCUGCCGAGGUCCCCCUUCCCCCUUGUCUUCCAAGCCUGGGGCUUCGAGACGCCAGCACAAGCCUGGAAAGCCAUGUGUGACACUAAGGGUCUUGGCAAUGGGUGUGCUGGUUGAGCUUUGCUGGGUCUGGGCUUUAUGGGGAUGGGAAAAGCUGAUGUCCCCUUAGGAUGGCUCCAUGGCACUGCUGACCUGCGAGGGUGGGUUACUAUUUCCUACCCUGCUGGGAAUCCCUUGAUUCUUCCUCAAAUGAAUCACCUCCCUGAAUCCCAGAUUCUCCUCCAGGAAUGUGGAGACCACCUUGUUUUCCAGUUCCCUACCUACCCUGAAUACGUUGAGGCUGGGCUGCAGAUUUUCUGUCAUUUUACCUUCUUGGGUAAAAGCCACAGUCCAUUCCACCAGCCUGAACUCCUGCCUAUUUGCUGGCAUCAUGGACCACAGGUGGGGACACACCUCUAUUUUAGGGGUAUGUGCUGAUUUUCAAAUUCCUGAGAAGAGUUCUGGAGUGGUCCUGAAUAGAUCUGUCUAGGAUUUGAAAAUACUUGAAUCUGCACCACGAUGUACCCUCUCACUGAAGUUUCAGAGGCACAAAGAGUUGUAGCAUCUGUGCCUCAGGGUCAUACACACGAACGGCCAUUUCGGAAACUGUUGGGGAAAAUUCUAAUUAUGUAAGGUUUUCAACUGAUUCUUGAUAAAGUGAGGAUUAUUGUGGUGAUUGAGUUAAAUGAGCCCCUGUGAUGCUGUAGUUUUUAUCCCCCUGUUAGAGACUAAUUGUAUCUUUUAUGGAAAAGUCAUUUUAACUUACCAGGUUUUCACUCUUUGAACUGUUUUUAAUGUUUACAAAGCUCACUCUAGUGCUAAAACUUUGUGUUUUACCCUCACCAAGGAAAAAAGAUUUACUGCUUGUGGGAAGGUUUUGCAUUAACGGGGAGAGUCCCCAGGAUCUCGUCCUAGUGAACGGUCGCAGCAUCAGCAGUGUGCUGUGUAACGAGAGAGCGAGCAUCUGUGUCCGGGUGUGGGGUGCAGAGCACAGGUGAGAACAUGUCCACCUGUGCACACGCGGCAUUGCAUCCUCCCUAGCAGAGCAGCGUCUGAUUUCUGGGCCUGGGUGAAUUGAUUGGGUAGCACUGCAAGGCUGGGGACUACACAGGAAAUAGUACUGUGCUGUCUCUGAAGGGUUGGGGUUAGGGGUUGUCUCCUGGAACCGAAUAUCUGAUACAGUCUGAGUUCUGCUGCCAUUCCUUUCUGGGGCAGUGACCCGGGUCGCCUGUUCAAACCCCUUGUCUCCUUAGGGGCUGGGGGCUGCCAGUGCAGACCCAGCUAGUCUGGUGGCAACUCCCCUCCCCUCUGUUCCCCCAGAGGACAGCCAGGCCUGGUCACUGCAGGUCUGAUGGAGCCCUCUCCCCAUGUCGGUUGUGAGGCAGUACAAGCCAUGCUUCACAAACUCUGAACCUAUUAUAUGUAGUGAUUUUUGAGGAGAUCAUGACAUCUGGAUUUUAUCUGUUCAUUUUAUAUAUUUAUUUUGCAUUUGUUGAGUGCUUAUGCUUAGUCGAAAUGGGGCUUAUCUCCCUCUGGGAGUUCCAUUGAAAAACAGGGUCACAAAGACUCAGCCUUGCAUUAAAUGGGGCCCACUUUGGAAGGACCACCCUGAACUUUAUCAGAAAUCUCCUGCUGGGAAUCAUGUUACUUGGCUUCAAUAAAAAGCCGCCUUUGAAGUGAGAUGGAAAAAAGGAAUACCAUUCAGGCAGGAUUGAUGCCCAGGCUUUCCCAAGUCACUUCAAUAAAACCAGUUUCUCAUCAGGUGGAAAGGAGCCUAUUGGCCUCCUGAGGGUGUGUUGUCAGCUGCAAGGAAUGGUUCUGAAGUCCACCGAAGUUGUAAAUGCUGACAGAUGAUUAAAAAGUGGUGACACCUGUGCCACAAGCCACUUAGGAAUUAAUUUGCAUCUUAGUGUUAGAAUCUUUAGAAUUAUUUAUGUCCCUGUAACUAUUUAAUAUCCUUUGUGCCAUGAGGCUUUCCCAUGGUUUUUGUAAAUAUAUUUUUAUAUUUAAUUAGCUCCCACGACAACCGGAAGUGGCCAGUUAAACGCUAACUGGUGUGAUGUAGAGUCUGUCCUGUUACGAAUGGCAGUGUAGCGAGACAUUAGGAAGGAAAUAUAGUUGUCUAGUGUGAUGGAAAGACACCUGCAUUUUUCUUACGUGGUCUCUGUGUACAAACAAGACAAUCUAGAUUUGGGGGGCUUAAAAGGACUUUUUUUUUUGUAUUGAAGGAAGCUUAUUUUUGCAUUUAAUAGUUCCAAUACGGACCAAUGUCAGUUUGGUUUGGGGCAUUUUUAAGGCUGAGGCAAUCUUAGUGUUUCUCAGUUUUCUGGUGGGAUGAUACUGGCUUUCAUAGUUUAUGCCAGACUUGUCUACGCUUGAAUUUGCUCUUGGAGACUGAAUGGUUGAAACCCUCAAGCAUUUGGUAGAACCUCUGGUGGUUUUAGAUGGAUGCAAACACUGACAUCUUCAGAGAAUGUUUAUCUUGGCACUGAUUUGGUUGAUGCGGUAUUUUUCUUUCCCUCUGACUCUCCAUUAUCCUUUCUUCACACUGCCAAAGGCAUGGAGUGACAUACCUUUUCCCUUUUAUACAGCCCCGGGAGCCUAAAGACGCUUGUUGGCUCUGCAUAAAGCCAGGGAUGGACAAAGGCAGUUACAGAUUAAAAUCUCAUAAUAGAAGUUUGAUUUAAAGUAAAGAAAAUAGAUUUUCACUCUGUGCUACAACAGUCAUCCAAGAGAGAUUACCUUUGUCCACAGAAAGGUAAGACUGCAGUAACCAGCCCAGUCCCAAUGUCCGUGUCUUCCUCGGCAACUUGACCCAAAGUGCCAACAUGGACAGAGCCCUGCCUGCCCGCAGGGAAGCCAAGGAGGACCUGGCCUGGCUCUGAGGGCUUGGCUUUGGGAGGUGGAUGCCAUUGGCAGCCCUUUGGGCACAAUGACCGCCCCUUGGCUAAAGGCUUGUGCCUGUAGGCAGGCAUGCAGUAUAUCAGACCUCCACCCUGUGUCAGAUGCUUCUGGAGAGAGCUUUGUGACUCAGUUGAAAACAUUCCUACUUUUUUAAAGUUUGCAGUUUCAUCUGUCUGUCUUUAAACUUUCUUAUGAUUCAGCCUUGGGUUAAGCCACAGGCGGUCUCUGAGGAGAUGAAGCACUAACUCUUCUGUCUGCACAUGAAUGUGAAUUCUUGCUUGCAGUGAUUGACCCUUGUGUAGCCCCUCCCCCCGUAUGUCAUGUAUAUGUGUCCCAAGCUCACCCCUUCUUACAGACUCGCAUGUGCUAUUUGGGUGGAAACCCCUCGCCUCUCUGUGUGUUUAGGUGGACCAAGCUCCUAAUCUCUGGCUCUGCGGGAUUUUCUGUGAGUUGUUCUUAGAACCUGUCCUAGCAGAUGGGCAUUGUGGAGACAACAUGUGGCCAAUUCAGUGAUUCUGGAAGGCACUGGUGAUUUAGGUUCCCAUUGUGCCAUCCGUAUUCCAAACAAAGCAACCACGAAGUCUGCAUGCCGUUGCCUGAUUGUCAUUUUCUCCGUAUCUUCUUUACAGGGAAAUAAUGAUAUUAAUCAGCUGGCAAAAGGUGAAAACACUUUCUAGGCCGAGGGCUGCUGCCAAUUGAUUCUCUCAAGCAAAAUUAAAAGUUGCUCCUGCUCCAGGGACUGCCAUUAGCUUGUGAGGCCUCCAAAUACUUUCUUAGUGAAGUUUGUAGAACCCAGGGGCUCUCUCUUUCCCAGGUCUUUAUUAUUUCAUCAGCACCCACUCCCAGGUCCAGCUAAGCAACAGCCGGUGCGGUGGGAGCAGGGGCAGGUCUGGGAGGUGAGAGGAGGCCCAGACUCUGUCUGUAGGCUCAUUGAGAGCACUGGACAUGGUGACCCACCUGGGCUGUCUUGAAAAAAAAAUGUACUUGGUUAACUACCUUCCUAUCCUCUUUGGAAAAGUGAGGUCUUGUGUUCUGGAAUACGCUUGAGAGCAGGAGGUGAAUGUGGGGACCAGUGUGCCUUGGCGCUCCGGGCAGGCUCCUGGCGUGAGUUUGAGAACCCACAGGUCUGGACAGGUGACUCAGAUGCUGGUCUGGGUGCCACCCUAGAGAGGACGUAGACCUAACACCACCCACCUGGAGCUUUGUAAACGUUUCUGGCUCUUUAUAAAGUCUUGUAUUCUCUUCUCAGCAGAUAGCACUGAAAUUGUAAGAACUGUCUGCUUGAGAAAGUAAUUUGAAAUAUUUGACCCUUUACAUUUCUUUUAUUUAGAAACUGUCUCUGAAAGAAAAUACCCUCAACAUCUGUUAGAUCUAGAAGAAUUUUCUUUUCAAAACUGAAUGUUUUGUUUGACUUUUCUUCACACCAGUAAAUGGCAUGAAGGACCUUUAGGCUUGAAACAAGAGUGGGUCCUGCUAUAUUUUCCCUUCUUUUGGUCCUGAUUAUCUUCUUAUUCUAUUUGGAUAUAAUUUCUCAACCUUGGGAACUUUUUUUUUUCCUUUCUAAUUUUUAAUUAUUCUGCAAACAUUAAAGAAAAAAAUUACCCAUAAGCCAGUUGAGUCUGAAUCAGUGGCAGCUUGCCUAGAAUAAAGUUUAGUUUAUGGUUCUUUGAAUCAUCUGUCUUUUUUACAGGCUUAGUUUGUUGUCUACAGUUUUUACACCAAGACUUAAAUUCUGGUGAAUUGUGAUCUAGACGCCGUAGAGUGGCAUGUUUUCUUUGGGAUGCGUUCUACACCAAGGCAGAGAGCCUUCAUUCAGGGGUUAAUAGCCUGGACUGUAGUGAGCUAUAUCAGAACUGUUGUGGUUCUAAUUUUGAAUAGGAACUUGUCUCAAAUGACCUUAACCAGCUUUGUUGGUAGGAUUAGGGAGCGGUCCAGUUUCUUUUUGUACUUGCACUUCAGAGGAGAGAAGGCAUGACACAGUUGAUUUGACAGUAGUUUGUAUGGGAUUCAGUGAUAGCCUGAGACUGUCAGAGCUGAGUCCUCUUUGGAGGCACUGCUGAAACCCAAUAAGAAGCACCCCCUUUUAUUAGGAAAGCCACCUGCAGGGACAAUCAGGAAAUGAGGACAGACAGGGUCGUGGUACCCACACAGGCAGGGCUGGGUCUGGCUGCUUCCCUUUGUGGGCCACUUUGCUUUCCUGCCUUUUCCAGAAUCAAUUUUUGCAAGUUUCAAGACUGUUCUCCUCUUUGUGAAAGUGAGGAAGGCAGAUAGAUAUUCACGGCUUGGAGGAAGACCUGACUGGUCCCAGGAUGCCUGGCUGGCUCCCUCGGAAUGGCCCAGGCCCCUGAGGCACCAUCUCCUUCCAACUCCGUAACCCAUUUAAAAAUGAGUUUUCACAUCCUGCCUCCUGAUGCAACUGACAUAUGUGGGUAAAACCAGUGCUUUUCAUAACUUGAUUCUGAUGUGAUUCCCUCUAAGAGAACGCUAGGGGUCAAAACUGUUUGUAUAUGUUGAAAUUUUUAGGGGUUCAGGAACAUAUGGUGGAAACACUUAACUAUUUAUUACAGGUAUGAAUUUUUUUUCCCCAAAGUAGGUAAUUACAUCUUUGUAUAUUUUAAGACAGAUAAUAAUCACUUCACCUUUGGUGCCUUCCAUGUGUCAGUCACAUAAACACUCUUGUCAAUCAUGGAAUUGAAAAAAAGAUGUACAUUUAGUUAAACCAGAUAACACUAUUUUUGUAGCAUGAUUUUAGAUUCUGUCCUUUUAAUAUUGCUUUCAGCAAUGCUGGUUGUGAGGUUUGGUCACUUUCCCUUUAAACUUCGUUAUAUAUUUUAAAAAAGAAAAAGAAAGAAAAAAGCCUAUACCCCUGGCUUUUCCUGUCUCUUCUCUGUUGCUUCUCCCCAGCAUCUUAUUUCUGCUUAUUUAAAUGGUCUGAGAGUAAGACUAUAUUUCUGUGAAAUAGUUAUUAAUCAGUAUAACUGCAUUUGGUAUUUUUUUAACCACUUGUUCAGUUUGAACAGCCACUGGUCACCUCAAACAGUAAGAGGAAAGUGGUUCCAUUAAAAAAAAAAAAACCAGAACAUUCUCGGUGCUCUAACUUCCCCUUCUUUGAGUCUAAAAUGGUGAAAAGCCCGUUGGGGCUGGGGAACCAGAGGGUGUUCUCUGGCUGGUGUCUCUCCAGCUGUCCCUCCGGCUUGGCUGCAGGUCUCCCUCUCCCUGCACAAGAUGGGCUUCCAGGUUAGGGGGGCCUCCACUGGUCUCCAGCUCACCUUCCACUCCGAUCUCACAAUUGGUUUGUGGAUGCCCUGGGUAGGCUCAGUGGCCCUUUCUGGUUUUCAGCCUGAACAAAAUAGGCCCCUUGCUGUGAGGAGCUUGCCAAAAUGAAGACACAUAACAGGCCAGCUGUUCAUUUUGCUUUCCCACCCCUGCAGAACUAAGUUACAUACGUCUGGUCAAGAAAAAUCUUGAAUAAACCAGCUGAGCCCAUUGUAAAAUGAAGGAAUGGAUUUACUGAAACAUAAAACUGUAGCUUUUUUUUUUUUUUUGGUUGCUUUGAAGGGUCAGAAUAUGCCAUUUUAUAACAAAGGAAGUCAUGUCAGAUGGCUGUGAUAACUCCCAUGCCAUUACUCGGUACUUGGCCCAGUGGUACUUGCGGGAGGGGGGCAAUGUUAAUUUAAUAACUACUACACUUUGCUUCUUAAAAGUCUGUUUCCUUUAACAGUGUAGACACAGCUGUGGGGUGUUCUGAGGCAAUGCCCUUUUGGCAAACUGGUUUAUGCUGUUGGUGGGUCAGAGCUCCCACCCUGGCUUCUGAGGCCAUCACACAUGUCUGGGGUGGGGUACCACCUGGCUCUGACCAGUUCUUUGGUUUAUCCAUUUGGAGUGGUUUGGGGCCCCAAAGCCUUUGCUCCUGUUGGUUUGUCCCUGACAACAGACAGAACUUCACAUUGCCCUCAGUUUCCCCCCAUUAUUUCUUUUGAAGGACCAAUUUUUCACGGUACUUGUCCUGAUUGUUUUCAUAGUGUUUGAACCUGUAUUUUUGUAUGUAGAGGGAAAUAAUUUUCUCAACACUAAUCGCUAAUAAAUAUUGUAUUAAAUUGUCA